AUGGCCUAUGAACAUCAGAACCCCGGGAAACGGACAAUGGCCAACGUCCUGGACAAUCUGGCUAGGGUGUGCCCGGCCAGGGCGGUUUGCAAGACCCCCAAUGGCCACCAUCAGGCCGAUGGUCUCUCGAAGCCUUUUCUGCCGUCGGUGAAAAACUCCACGGAUGUGCUGGCUGCGCUCCUGGGGGGAAUGGAGUGCUCGGUCAUUUUUUUCAGCUCUUCCUACAAAGACCACGCGCAGCGUUUGGGGAAGUCUUUGAGAGCUGGCAACCCGGCCUUGAUCGAGGUGCCCACCUUCGAGAAGAUGUUUGCCAACUAUUCUGGCAACUUCCCUUAUGACACGCCAUACCAGGCGAUUGAGGACCAGAGCGCCAUCAUCAUCCACAGCUCCGGUACAACAGGUGUUCCCAAGCCCAUCUUCCUCACGCACGGGUUCCUAGGAACCAUGGACAAACAGACCUAUUUGUCCCUCCCCGAAGGCAGGCAUUCAGCCAUCCCCAACCGGCUCAGUCGCGACGACCUGUUCCUCUCCACGGCCCCAUUCUUCCACCUCAUGGGCAUCUUCGCCCAGCUCAUGUCCAUUUUCAACGGCACUCCAUUCGUCUACCCGCCUCCAACCACCACCCCCCUCACCGUCGACGCGCUGGUCCAGGUAAUCGAGACCGCACACCCCACCGUCGCUGUCAUCACCCCUUCCCUAGUCGAAGCAACCUGUCGAUCUCCCUCCGCCAUGCAAACUCUUUCAACCCUACGCAUAGUCUGCAUCGGUGGGGCGCCCCUCGCGCCAGAAAUUGGCGCUGUCCUGAACGAGAACACGAACCUUGUCUCCGUCAUGGGCUCCAGCGAGCUUGGCCUCGUGCCCUCCCUCGUCCCAGGAAACAAGGAGGACUGGGAGUAUUUUGAGUGGAACCCAUACUAUGGCGUGCGCAUGGACGCUUGCAGCGAAGAUAAAAACGACAACCUUUACGAGUUGGUAAUUCCUCGCGGCGAAACAAGAGACAUUCACGGCAUCUUCCACACCUUCCCGCACCUCACGACCGAAUACCGCGCAAAGGAUCUCUUCAGCCGCCACCCGACACGGCCAAACCUGUGGAAGUACGAGGGCCGCCUUGACGAUACCAUCAUCUUGAAUGACGGGACCAAGAUCAACCCCGUCCCAAUGGAAAAGGCUAUCGAGAACCACCCUCUAGUGUCGCGGGCGGUGGUCAUCGGGCAUCGUCGAUCGCGCACUGCGGUUCUUGUCGAGCCCGCGCCACAACAACCAGAGGGGUCGGAAUCGUUCCGGGAUAGCACAAAUUCCGGGGAUGAAGGCUCCUCCGUGUCCGCAUUCGCAAGCUCGAUCUGGCCAGCUAUUGAGCAGGCGAACAAGCUGGUGCCGAAGGGGGCAGGGAUUGGAAUCAUGCGAAUUGGGCUGGCAUCGGCAGACAAGCAGUUUCGCACAACCCCCAAGGGCAGCACGCAGCGGAGAAUGUUUGACACUCUUCUAGAUUCAUCCAACGUGCAGCGCUCUCAAGCUCGGCAGCGAGACAACGGUCAUGUGAUGACGAAAGAUUUUCUCAUUCCGGGCACCGUGUCCGGGAUCAGGGACGACCGCCCACUGCCAGCCACACCCAACCCGACUGCUACCUACACGCGCCGACGCGUCGCUGUGAUGGCAACAGACAAACCCCAACCAGGCGGGCUUCUACAAGCUGCACUACUGGAGACAACUACCGCAGCCUCUACUAGGGUUGCUGAGGGCCAGAGGAUUUUUAGCCCGAUAGCAGCCUUUCUGACAAAUACCGGAGCCAGUCAGGCCUUGCUCCCCACCAGCGAGACGCGCUAG